UCUUUGAAAGGGAAAAUCAUAUCAAUAUAGUUUGGAAAAGAAAAGGAUAAAAUAUAAAUUUAAUUAUCUUUUAUUUUUAUGAUAUAACCGACUUUAUUUAUUUAUUUAUUUACUUAUUUAUUUUUAUUUUAAUAUAAAUUUCAUAGCCAUUAACACUAAAAACCUCAUCAGAGUUCGUAAAACAAUCCUUUUCGAUUCAAGCUCAAAAAUUUUCUCCGAAGAGAAGAGAAGAGAAGCCAUGGCGACUGCAUCAGUGGCAUUCAAAUCUAGAGAAGAUCAUAGAAAGCAAAUUGAAUUGGAAGAAGCUCGUAAAGCGGGGCUUGCUCCUGCUGAAGUUGAUGAAGAUGGAAAAGAGAUUAACCCUCAUAUUCCUCAGUAUAUGUCCUCUGCACCUUGGUAUCUCAACUCAGAGAGACCUAGUUUGAAACAUCAAAGGAAGUGGAAAUCUGAUCCAAAUUAUACUAAAUCUUGGUAUGAUAGAGGUGCCAAGAUUUUCCAAGCUGAUAAAUACCGAAAAGGAGCAUGUCAAAAUUGUGGUGCUAUGACACACGAUGCAAAAGCUUGUAUGGACAGACCCCGCAAAGUAGGAGCGAAGUGGACGAACAAGCAUAUUGCACCUGAUGAAAAAGUAGAGACCUUUGAGCUUGAUUAUGAUGGAAAACGUGAUCGUUGGAAUGGAUAUGAUGCGUCGACCUAUUCUCUUGUCAUUGAGAGAUAUGAAGCGAGGGAUGAAGCUCGAAGGAAGUUUCUGAAAGAGCAGCAAUUUAAAAAAUUGGAGAAGAAUAAUAAUGCAGAUGGUGAUGGUGAGGGAGGUGACGGUGAGGGAGGGGAUAGUGAUGAAGAUGUUGAUGAAGAUAGGGUUGAUGAAGCCAAAGUUGAUGAGUCCAAACAGAUGGACUUUGCGAAAGUUGAAAAGCGUGUGCGGACUACUGGUGGUGGAAGCACAGGAACUGUCAGGAAUUUGCGUAUUCGCGAGGACACAGCAAAGUAUCUUCUUAAUCUUGAUGUUAACUCUGCACAUUACGAUCCCAAGACCCGUUCUAUGCGUGAGGAUCCUCUUCCAGAUGCAGACCCGAACGAAAAGUUCUACUUAGGUGAUAACCAAUAUAGAAAUAGUGGCCAAGCAUUGGAGUUCAAGGAAAUGAACAUUCAUUCUUGGGAAGCAUUUGACAAGGGACAGGAUAUUCAUAUGCAAGCGGCUCCCUCCCAAGCCGAGCUGCUUUACAAGAACUACCAGGUCAUAAAAGAGAAACUGAAGUCCCAAACAAAGGACACCAUCUUGGAAAAAUAUGGCAAUGCAGCUACCGAGGAAGAAAUUCCUAGGGAACUUUUACUGGGGCAAAGCGAGAAGGAAGUGGAGUAUGAUCGUGCUGGUAGGAUCAUCAAGGGACAGGAGAUGGCCCUUCCGAAAAGCAAGUAUGAAGAAGAUGUUUACAUUAACAACCACACAACUGUUUGGGGUUCAUGGUGGAAGGAUCAUCAGUGGGGUUACAAGUGCUGCAAGCAGGUAAUUCGAAACAGCUAUUGUACUGGUGCUGCUGGUAUCGAAGCUGCCGAGGCUGCUUCAGAUCUCAUGAAGGCUAACAUUGCCCGAAAAGAAGCCAAUGAAGAACCACCUGCGCCAGUUGAGGAUAAAAAGGUUGCUACUUGGGGAACCGAUAUCCCAGAUGAUUUAGUCUUGGACGAGAAAUUACUUGCCAAAUCGCUUAAGAAGGAGGAUGAAAGGAGGAAAGAAGAGAGAGACGAAAGAAAGCGCAAGUACAAUGUCAAAUGGAAUGAUGAGGUGACUCAGGAAGACAUGGAGGCAUACAGAAUGAAGAGAGUACACCAUGAUGAUCCAAUGAAGGAUUUCCUGUGAUGUGUUAGAAUAACUAUAUGAUAUAAUAGCAUUUGGCAAUUGGCAAAUGGCACCCCAACUCGGAUUUCUUUCUUCUUUUUUUUUCUUUGUAUUUUUAAAAUUAAUUUUACUAUAUUGUAUGUACAUAUUCCUCUGUUGCUCUUAUAGAAUUUGCAACUUGGUUGUUAGUUAAAUCUGACAAUAUCAAAAACAAAUUAUAUAUCUAUAUUUUCAUUUGAAAGAACA